UACAUAAAAUCGGCGUGGCAGAAAGGCAGGCCACUUCACUCUGCCGAGCAUCCACUGCACGAACUAGCUAGAGACCGAGCACAGAUCGAGGGAGAGCAAUGGCGCAGGCGCAGCCGAGGAGGGAAGACGACCCGCUCCAGGCGCAGGGCGACACGGCCCAGCUGCUGGGCCAGGGCCAGGACCUGCAGCAGCCGGAGCAGGAGGCCAUCAGGUACGGCCACGUGUUCGCCGUGACGGGCGACCUCGCGGGGCAGCCCAUCGCGCCGCGCGACGCGGUCGCCAUGUCGUCCGCCGAGGACAGCGUGCCGGGCGUCCAGGUCCCGGAGGGCGCCGGCGGCGGCUUCAGCGCCGCGACCGCCAUGGAGACGGCCGCGGCCUACAACCAGGCCGUCGGGGCCGUGCGCCCGGGCCAGGCCAGCGACGCCGCCGCGGCGCAGGGCAUCACUGUCACCCAGACCGCCGUGCCGGGGGGCCGCGUCGUCACGGAGUUCGUGGCGGGCCAGGUCGUGGGGCAGUACUCCGUGGCCGACCCGCCGCCGGCUGCGGAGGAGGACGCCACCAAGAUCACCAUCGGCGAGGCGCUGGAGGCGACGGCGAGGGCGGGGGGCGGGCGCCCCGUCGACCGCGCCGACGCGGAGGCCAUCCGCGCCGCGGAGAUGAGCGCGCACGGGGCGGACGUCGCCAUGCCCGGCGGCCUUGGCGACCAGGCGCGGGCCGCGGCGCGCGCCAACGCCCAGGCCACGCGCGAAGGCGACAAGGUCAAGAUCGGCGACGUCCUCUCGGACGCGACGGCGAAGCUGGCCGGAGACAAGGCCGCGGCGACGGAGGACGCGACGAGGGUGGUCCAGGCGGAGACGUUCAACGACGCCGAAACUCACGCCAGGGCCGGCGGCGUGGGCGCGGCGGUGGCCACGGCGGCGAGGCUGAACAAAGACAACCACCUCGGCGACGCUUGAAUUUUGACCCCCAAGAACCGUAGGAGACUCUGAGGUGGAGCAAGCUUCAAGGGUGCGACCAUGCACGCAUGUGUAUAGCUAGUUUGGUACUGUUGGUGUGUGUGGGUAGAAAUAAAAAGUCAGUUCCUGUCAUCGAUA